AUGCCCUACUUGGAGCAAGCUGUAUUCAGGUCAGUAGCAUUGAUCCGGACGUUCGACUUGCGAUACGAUUUAAUAUCUGCACUAGUGGAGCGGUGGCGCCCGGAGACCCACACUUUUCAUUUUCCGUGUAGGGAGUGCAUAGUGACUUUAGAGGAUGUUGCACUGCAACUUGGGCUCCUAAUAGACGGGAGUCCCGUAACCAGAGUAAAUGCAUUUACUGAGCCGGCUGCACUAUGUUAUAUCCUACUAGGAGACUUGCCCGACGAUGAUGAGUCAAAUUUUUCAGGCUUGAAAUUUACAUGGCUGAAAGGCAAAUUUGGACACUUAUCAGCUAAUGCCACUGAAGGAAAGUUGAUGUGCGCUGCUCGAGCAUACAUCAUGCAUAUUAUAGGUGGAGUACUAAUGCCCCAUUCAAACAACAAUAAGGUUCAUAUCAUGCACUUACAUCUAUUAGCUGAUUUGAGUAAUGUUUGCUCGUAUAGCUGGGGCUUCACAGUUCUGGCAGUACUGUAUCGGGAGCUUUGUCGGACGACAAAACCUACUGUCGUAGACAUGGGCGGAUGCCUUACAUUGUUACAGUCUUGGGCAAUUUAUCGGAUUCCAUUCUUGGCAUCAGUUAGUUACCAACCAUAUGUAUAUCCACCAGUUAACAGAUGGAAUAUUUAUCCGGGUGUCGGGAGGUAUUACACUGUCCCGAUAUACCGUCUAAUGAUCGAACAGCAUGUCGGGGAAGGGUUUAUAUGGAUGUCAUAUCGUAGACUGGAAAUUGCAACUAUUAUACCCUCGUCUGCCUACUUUGGUUGCGUCCAAUAUAUCCCAGAUCCUCCAUGCGAGGUGAGGGUGGUUCACGACAUCAACAAGCUAGGGAAACCGCAGUUGAAUUGGAGGGUUAAGCACCAGAGAUUUGUUGCGCUAUGGAAUAAUCGGAUGGCUCGAAUACCUCAGAUGGUUAUGGCUUCCGAUUUGCAACCAUCAGUAGAGUACAUGCAAUAG